AUGUCUACAAUCACCACCAUCCUGGACGCCCUGCCCCAGUCGGAGGAUGAAAUCGGCCAAUACUCGGAUUAUGAAUCCGAUCCCGACUCUGACUUUGGCUCUGAGUUCUCCGAUACCCGAGUAGAGGACGAAGACUGGGAACAGGCUGAAGGAGACUUUACAAAACAAUUCAACAGGCUCCGUCAACAUGUUGCUGUGCGGACUGGGAACGCACAAGGGUCCGCGUCCGCUAUCAACAAAACAGCUGCGGUCGCCGCCGUGCCUGCAAUAAACCAUCCCAGCGCUCGAACGACCACAACUGCACCGCCUCGGGACAAGACCACCGAUCAGCUAGCGGCGCUUGCCAAAUACUCUUCGCGGAUUGCAAAGAUCGACGCUCCGUAUGCGCUUGGCGUCGGUGUGAAUCGCAAGGGCCCCAGUGCGACUGCGAACCAGAAGGACAAGGCCGAUCGAGCGACGACCGAACAAGUAUUGGAUCCCCGGACACGCACGAUCCUCCUAAAGAUGGUCGGUCGGGGCCUGAUCGACGAAGUGAAUGGGUGUAUCAGUACAGGGAAGGAGGCCAACGUAUAUCACGCUCUGACACCAGAGAAGGCCCAUCUUGCGCUGAAGAUCUACAAAACAUCUAUUCUGAUCUUCAAGGACCGAGAUAAGUACGUCUCUGGUGAACAUCGUUUCCGCCGCGGUUACGCACGCCAUAAUCCGCGGAAAAUGGUCCGUCUGUGGGCUGAGAAGGAGAUGCGCAACCUCAAGCGGCUGCGUACAGCCGGAUUGCGUGCCCCAGAGCCGGUGGAGGUCCGGGAGAACGUGUUGGUGAUGACUUUCCUCGGCGACAAGGAGGGAUGGGCGUCGCCGCGUCUCAAAGAUGCCGAGUUUUUGGAGAACGACGGCCCGCGACUGUAUGAGGAGCUGCUACUCGGUAUCCGGACGAUGUACCAGCAGUGCCGCCUUGUCCAUGCCGAUCUGAGCGAGUACAACAUCCUCGUCCACGAGGGCCAUCUUUGGAUCAUCGACGUUUCACAAAGCGUGGAGCACGACCAUCCCUCUGCCUUUGACUUCCUGCGGAAUGACUUAAAGAAUGCCGAAGAGUUCUUUGGGCGGAGAGGGGUCAAAUGUUUGGGCAUCCGUCAAGCAUUCGAGUUCGUUACUCGCGAGGUCCUCCCGGAGCUUGCAGCGGAGAAAGAUGUUCCAGUGGAAAACGCGGACACUGAACCGUUGUCGCUCGAUGUGGACGCCAAUGCACAGGCUUUGGCGGUUUUACGACAAUGGCUGAACGAUACUGAGCCCUCUUCCUCGGAGCCAGAUACGAUUCAGAAGGAGACUGAUACUGCUGUGUUCCUCAACUCCCAUAUACCACGAUCUUUGAAUGAACUGAUGGAUCCCGAACGAGAUAUGGGGGAUGGGGGUUUGGUUUUCAAAGAUGCACUGGGGCUUGUGGACGAGGAAGAUGAUGAAAGCGAGGGGAAUGACGAAGAUGAAGACGAAGAUGAGGACGAUGAAGCCGACGAUGAGAACAAGGAUCAGGGUGAGGCAAGGUUCACAGCUCGCGUUCCCAGGGGACACAAGCAUGAGGAUAAAGAUGCGAAAAAGGAGCGCAAAAAGGCGGUCAAAGCGGAAGCCAAAGAACGCCGGAAGCAGAAAAUGCCCAAGGCAGAGAAGAAGAAAGCCAUCAAGAAAACGAGUCGGGCAUAA